AUGAUCAGCGAUUUGGAAAAGCUCUGCAACUCCUGCGGAAACCUGCACUGGGGCCUGGAAUAUUCCCUCGCCGGCUGGGACACGCGCUCCAGAGGCUGCAGGGAGAAGCGACAGAGCAGGAGGAAGAGAAGCCUCACACAUAACAGGCUUGUGCUCAGUGUGGGCAGACCAAAAGCAGACCAGAAGCGGACCAGAAGCGGACUGCGCGUCGCCACUGAACCCAGCAAGAGAAUGCGCCAGACGGGACCUGUCCACGGUGACCGGCUGUGA